AAGACUCCCAGUCACGAGAGCCACAAGAUCCACGGCGGCAAUCGGCAGACCCUCCACAGCAAAGCCAUCCCACAAUUCGGCGAGAAGAAUAAGGACACAUCUAGCUAUCGACAAUGCAAGAAACGAACAACAUUCCCGAAGACAGUGGCGUUGGUGCCACGGAAAAUGCCGCUGGCGAUGAGGGCAAGCGAGCAGCAGAGAACCCUCCACCGGGAGACGAGCCGCCCAAGAAGAAACCGGCAUUGUCAUCAUCCCCCAUGGACACGGGAGAGCCAAUUGACUUGUCUUUGAUGGAUAAAAAUGAUGCUGCCAAGCAAACACCAAACGAAAAGGCAAAGGACUCAUCUACGCCAGUUGCCACGGUGGAACCAAGCGACCCUUCCAAAUCAACACCUCCUUCUUCCCAAGGUACACCCAAUAAUGAAACCGCCGAACGGACAACUCGUUCCUCCGAGAGGGCCACUCGCUCUGCCACUGCCGCUAAUACCAAAGGAGCCACUACUGUGGAGACAUCCGACAACAAGCAGCCACGACGAUCCUCCACGGCACAGGCCAAGACGACCAGUACCAGCACUGGUAAAUCCAAGGAAUCCGCCGCAGCCACCACACCGACUGGGACGGCCGGUGCCAAAUCCAGUGGAAAGAGUGCCACCACAGGUACCAAUAGCAGUGCCAGCAAAAAGACAGCCACCACCGAGCAGGUACCCAAAGUGUUGAAGGGUCUCCGACACUUUUCCAUGAUGGUGUGCAAGAAGGUCGAAGAAAAGGGCCAAACAACCUACAAUGAAGUCGCCGAUGAACUCGUCAAGCAGGUCAUUGAAUCUAGGAAAAAGGAAGACCCACAGGGAAAGUUUGAUGAAAAGAACAUUCGACGUAGGGUCUAUGAUUCCAUCAAUGUCCUCUUGGCCAUGGAUAUCAUUUCCAAAGACAAGAAGGAUAUAUCUUGGAAGGGACUACCCACCAUGGCACAUCAUGACAUUGAAGUACUCGAACGAGAAGAAGAAGCGCGAAAGGAGCAAGUACAAGCCAAGCGACGGGCCCUGCAGGAACUAUUGGUGCAACAAAUAUGUUUCCGCAAUCUCGUGCGACACAAUAAACAACGCGAAAUGGAAACCUUGCACGCAGAGAAGGUUCCGCUACCCUUUAUCCUCGUAAAUACCAACAAGGAGGCCGUUAUUCAUUGCAACAUGGCGCCCGAUUUGCAUAGCGUCAAUUUCGAGUUUGAUAGACCAUUUGAAAUCAAUGAUGACAACUCCAUCUUGACACGCUUGGGAAUGCACAGGACAACCAUUCCAGACUUGAAGCAAAUGGUACCGGAAGACCUGGUCACGUACUGCCAGGAACACGGUCUCCUCGAGGACGUCCUUUCUGGGGACGGUGAUGAUGAUAAUCCGCUCGCAUUGACGUCCGUGGGAAGCAACAGGGGUCAAUACUUUCAAAGUUUGGACUAGCUAGCUAGCUAGUUGCUAGGGCAGCAUAAGUGUACAGAGGUUGGGAGGUCUGACAGGGCUGGCAAUAAUAAUAUAAUCAAAUUGAAGUUGGUAUUCUCGCAAGCAAGCAACGCUGGAACUUCUUCGGGUGACAAACUAAAAAUGCACCAGCUUUGAUACAAGUUAGAACUCGUGGUGUUCUUUAAGCACAGCUCCAAAUAGGUAUGUAGAGGUAUUCUAGACCAAACCUCGGAUCUGCCUGUCAAGUCAUCGUCACUCGUAGUCAGCCAAUAAUUCAUUGAAGUAACAAAGGCAACGAUUCGUGUGGUGGUGUGUUCAAGACCGCACCGCAGUCUAUCUGUAGCUAGAGAUGCGGUAAAAUAAUGUCGACACUCGGUC